AUAUGCAUGUCCUUGCUUGGACCUUUUUCCUUUUCCCUUGCGUACGUAACCCAUUUUCCCUGUCGUGCGCGGCCUCCCACGUUUCAUCUUUUAGCGCGGGCGCUUGACGCUUCAACGGGCAUACUAAAGGAGACUUGGGGACGACUUGCUGCUGCGUUGCAUUGGCUGAAAAGGUCAUUGCGCUUAUUAGACUUAAUUUUUUUUCUUUUCGAGCGUCUUUUUCCUCCUGCAUCUUUUUGUCUUUUUGGUAUCGACUUUUGUUCUCCACCAUCAGACGUUAACAUCACCGAAAGCUUGCGGUCCAUCGAUUCCCCUCCACAUCGUAUCACUCUCCGAAACCCGAAUUGAAAGAAACAAACAAAAAAAGGCUUCACAAUGACAACAUUCACCUACAGAGAUGGAAUUGCCGUUCUGCAGCUUGUCGCCUUUUUCCCAUGCUUGGUUUUGUCCCUUCUCCUCUGCUUCCGCCAGGGCCUCAAGGCCGUCGCGGCGUGCUGGAGAUUCCUCAUCAUCCUCGCUGCGCUGCGUGUCGCAGGCUCCAUCUGCCAACUUCUCUUGAUUCACGACCCUCAGAACAUUCACAUCAUUACUGCCAAGCUUAUCUGCGACUUGUUGGGUAUUGCGCCGCUCACUCUUGCCGCCGUUGGUCUUCUGCAGCGAGUUGACGGUACCGUUGAAAAGGUCCCUGCCAAUGCUUUCCGCAUCAUUAGUCUCAUCAGUCUCGUCGGCCUUGCACUCGGUAUCUACGGCGCUACCCAAGUCAUCGACAGCGCCACUAGCCCGGGCAGCGAUGGCGUCGGAAAAGUCAGCGACAUGCUUGUUGCGGCCCUUGCCAUGUUCGUCGCCUGCCUUGGUCUCAUGCUGUGCCUCUUGGUCUUCUUGACGUCGUUCCUAUCUCUCAUGCCCCGAGCCGAAAAGGUCAUCAUGUACUCCAUCUACGCUUGCGCACCCUUCCUCAUUGUGCGCAUGGUCUACGCGUGCCUCGGCGACUUUGGCCAUUUGCAGGAUUUCAGCAUCUUUGGUGAUGGCAACGACACCAUUUAUCUCAUCAUGAGUGUCCUCAUGGAAAUCAUCGUCAUGGUUAUUUGCCUCGUCAUUGGUUUCAAGUGCCCACCAACCCCUGUCGAGCCAGCCAAGAGUAAGCCGCGCUUUGAUGCUAAAAAAGGAAACUCCGUGCUAACAUUUUAACCAGGUGAGUUCGAGAGCUAUAACCGCUACAAUGCCUAGAUCUGCUUCAGUCGCUGGAUUUUGACGACUAAGAACCUUUCUAUUUUUUAAUACGUAUUGCGAUGAAGGUCAUGCUAUACAGGACUGCUUUCCAGGCGUUGGAGUUGUUUGCUGUAGAAAUUUGAUACUUUUUUAAGUUGCUCCAUGAUAAAUUUGAAUAUGAUUUUUAAUUAAGACUCGAUUGUAUUUCGCAUCUCCCGCAAGAGAAGUGAGUUUUGUUGGUGUACGUCCGCCCAUGUAAAAAGAAAAGAUAACCUUUGAAAAAGAAAUAUGAAAAAAUUGAAAAAUUGAAAACACCUCGGUUGUAGUAUGAUCUUCGGUUGAAUAGUUUCCGGAACAAAAUGCUGGGUAUAGGUAUAGGGUAGGUUAUAGUCAAACACCUAGGUAAAUGCUUAGUUUCGCUGGCAAUGUCAAAGACUGAGUCUGUCCCAGUGUCGGCAUAUCGCUAAUCAAUUCAGCCGUAAUAAAUAUUCUGUAAAUUUCAGUGCGCUUUGGCAAUGGCUGCCUGGGCCAGUUGGACCAAUUCAGCAAUAAUAGCAUCCGUCUGCUUCAGGUAUGCAGCGGCAAAGGGCUGUGCGUCCUGGUGUCGGGGCAUACUGUGCACUAGGUUGGAUGAGGUGCGCAGGAUUUCGACGUCAUGGCGAGCGUUUUCAUGACGCGGGUUACGCAGAAUGCUCAUAAACAAUGUCAUCAUGGCCGACAAGGGGUAGAAAAUAAAUACGCUAAAACGGGACUAGGGUCAGCAAUCGUGCAUCAAUAUCGUCUUAGGUCAGCAUCAAAGUCUUACCAAAAUGCGCUUCCAACGAGACGAUGUGUUGCACCGUUUAAAUAGAUCAGUGUCGAUCGACUGGCUUCGACAGACAUAUCUAAACUCGACUGGAUACCAGAGUCGAUAUUCUCUUCAGCCCCCACAACACCGGCAGAGAUGCGGUUGCUCGCGGUGUGGAUGGAGUGCAGCAGAUGGUGAUACUCAAGAUGAAGUUCAAUGUGGAGCAUAGUUGCCGACUCUCCUAGGUGAUCUGCAAACUUCAUAUCUUUUCGGACUGAUAACGCGGGCGAGUACUCGGGCGGGAUUGAUUGACGCCAAAUUUCAACAUCUUCGUCCAGUUCCCGAAUGGUGCGUAAGAUCUCGGCAUCUUUUUUAUUGAUAGACCGAUAUGUGUAGAGAGAUUUCAGUACUUUGGAUUUUAGAAAACAAAGAUACAAAUCUCCGGGUAGAAAGGGCGUCUGGCAGUCGUCGCUGGGAUCCCGCGUGCGAUUUCCGAAGCGCACUUCAUCGUAGCCCACUGGAAGCGUGAGGUCGCAAAAGUCGUCGUCAAAAACGGGCGGGAAGCCUGUUCGGAGCGCCAUAUUUUUAUCAAAGUAAUAGCAAAACCAAAAUAAUAUUCGAAGCUGUCGGUCCUCUCGUUCGUGUCGAGUCAGUCGGCCGUCUUUGGGGACUGGCAUUUCGAUAAGAUGCCCACCAAGCGCCAUCACCGAUCUACAGGCUAUGCCGUGGUAAGCCUGUAGGAUAUUUUCCAGACCGCUAAGGGUGCCAUGAAGAAACUUUGAUAAUUUAGCAUGGCAUCGAAGUCGACAGAAGAAAUGUACUUACCAGCAUGCAGGUGGCCUGCAGACUAUUUAACGAGAAUUCUCGCACCGAAAGCAGCAGUCUGUGCGCCUCGCGCGCGCAGGCCAUGUCAUCAACAUACGCCGAUUCCUUCUUAGAUGCAAAAUAGCACCUGGAAAUUGCUAAAAACGCGAAGACGCACGCUUUGGCAAUGGUAUGAUCCGUACUAGCAGGGACGGAGGCGUCGUAUGCUAGCUCUAUGGUAUCAGGGAAUAAGACCAAGUCAAUGACGGGAAAGACAAGGAUGAGUUCCGAUGAUGUAUAGAGGUCAAAUAACGCCUUCAUGACCCAUCUAGACGGAAGAGUGGUGCCACUAUGGCUGCCUAGAUAGUUCUCGUUCCGACUGGGUUGGAAUUCUGGGAGAACUUCAAAUCGUGGCCACUCGCCCGUCUUCAUAUGAAUCCAAUCCUCAAACUCUGCCGUCAGAUGUGUCAAGCCCGUUCUCGGACAAAUGAGGCCAAAGUUGCGACCCAUGUGAAACACCAGUCCGAGAGGUGCCAUCUUGGAUUGCUGCUGCGGAUUAACAGACCCGGAUCGGAAGCGACAUGUCGAGCACCAGUUUGCCUCUGGUGGUCCACGUGGUGGCGAAAUAGGUGUCACAUAUGCAGAGGCUGGCGCACCUUCUGGAGAUGUUGACACCAUAGAAGUGAGCCUCUCUGGGGAGUCUUCGGGGAGCUUGGCCUCGAGCAUCUCUAUGCGUCGGACAAGGCUCUCGCGUGACAUGUUGGCCAAGCUGUUACUGCGUUGAAUGUCAGUGCCAAGAUUCAUACAGGGGUUUUACCUAGACAAAGUAUAUACCUUUUAUUCACUUUGGUCGUCUUCUUCUUACGAUUGCUAAAGACGCACUGGAGAUCAUGGUGCUGGCACCAGUUGCAGGUGCCGCCAACAUCGGCAGCAUCACAUCGGAUCUAGAGAUCCAACCGUUAGAGACAGGGAUUCAAUUGGGCUGCAGGAGAGCACAGGUUCGCAUUUGUUUCUAGAAACAUGCUGCAGUGUACGUACCUUGCGCUUAUGGCAUGCAUCGCAGGAGCGUCGCUUAUAUUCUGGCAUCUCGAAGCGACAGCCUCAAGCAGGCGCCCUGUCACUUGCGCUGAGGAGAACCACUUGGGGGCGGCGAAAUGCCAGCGCACAAGGGACGUGGAAAUCCGAGGGGCGCCGAGUCUGGGUAGCACGGCGGACGAUGGAUACAGUGACAGCCGAUGCAGAUGGUGCAGUCUGUCAGUCUAUUUUGCUUUUCUCUUAAUUAAGCGGCGUCGAGAGAGCUGGGGGAGGGC